AUGAAAAAGCAGUCAAGAGCGAACGAUGUGGAUCACCAGCAGCAGCAGAACCUCGACCCUGAGAACCCUCAUCAAUCUUCUCGAUUCUUCGGUCAGAGCUGUUCCUCUGCUCUGUCGCGUCUCUUUAGUCUCCGAUGUCUCAUUGUUUUGGUCGUAAGCUUAGCGAUUCUUCUUCCUACGAUCUUCUGCCUAUUCCCCAGUCGAUCUCAUACACUAGCUCCGCCCCUGUCUCAACCCCAUGCUAAUGAUACAAUCAACUACAAUGUUACUGUUGAACAGGUGACUGUUCUGUCUCUGCGUCAGUCAUGUUCAUGUAAGUAUACAGAUGUGGAGUUUGCAGUUGUACCUGUCUCUGCUGGCUAUGAAAUAAGCACACAGUCGUUAAAUUCACUGCGAUCUUCUUUCGUUAACCUGCUUGAACAAAGAUCGAAGCUGAAUCUGACCACAACAAGUUUUGGGAAGCCAAUUUCUUUUCAGGUUUUGAAAUUUCCUGGGGGAAUCUCUGUAGAUCCCAGUGGAUCUAUACCUGUACCUUUCAUUGGAUAUGUAGGGAAUCUUCUUAAUUUUACACUCGAUAGAUCAAUAUCCCAGAUACUACGAGAUAACAAGGCUCGAAAACUAAGUGGUAAACUUGCGGUUACGUUGUGUUUGGAGCCACAGGAGAGUAUUUAUUUCCGACUCACAAAUAUACAAGGAUCUACAGUAUCUCCACCGGUAAUUGUUCAGGUUUAUCUUGUCAUAACCAUAAGAGACAACCUUCAGCAGAGAUUGGACCAUUUUGCACACAUCACUCAAACAAUCAGUCAAACAUCUAGUGCUAAUAAUCUCGGUCUAGACAACACAGUUUUUGGUGAAGUCAAACGUAUUACUAUCUCAACAAACCUGGAAGGCGAAAUUCUUGAUCCUGCGUCGGUGAUGGCACCAACACCAACUCCAGCUUGCUACCCUUCUCUGUGUUGAAGUCUUUAU